CGGCCGGCAGCCGAGCCGGUUCACAAUAUAUUUUCUUAUUAAGUUUAACAAAAAGUGGCUUGUUAUAAAAGGCUCAUCAAGUAAAUAUUGCUUCAUUCAGUUCUGUACCUUUGACACAACAAAAACAGUAAACAAUAACAAAAAUGUUUUUCAAGUUCAUUAUUCCUUUUGCAUUGAUUGCUGUUGCCAGUGCCGGAUAUUUAUCUCAUCAUCAGCCAAUCUUGGCCAAGGCUGUCGAAGCAAGUGAUCCACACCCACAAUAUCAGUUCUCAUAUUCUGUCAAUGAUGCUUUAACUGGUGAUGUUAAAAGUCAAUCCGAAAGCCGUGAUGGAGAUCUUGUUCAAGGAGAAUACUCAUUAAAUGACGCUGAUGGUUACAAAAGAACUGUUCAAUAUUCUUCUGAUGCUAUUCACGGUUUCAAUGCUAUUGUGAAUCGUCAACCACUUGGACAGAUUUUGAAGACAGCUCCAGCUCCAAUUGCCUACGCUGAACCAAGUCUAGUCAAAGCUGCACAAAUAACUUACGCUGCUGCCCCAACUUUGGUUCGUUCUCCUUUGGCAGGAUACACUCAGACAUAUGCCGGAGCUCCAACUUUAAUAAGAUCUUCUCCAAUCGCUUACGCCCAUGGCCCAGCUGCUUACACGACUCAGGGUCUUGUGCGGUCAGCGCCAAUUACUUAUGCUUCUGCACCUGGAUACGCAACAUUGCCAGCUUUCGCUUACCACCAUUAAGGUUGACCUGAUCUUACGUUGUUGAAUUUAUUAUCUAGACCAAAAUAUAUUUACAUAAUAAAAUAGUCUUACAAAAUACACACAUCUUGAAGCUUUACUUAUAAAUUUUAGAUUUCUAGGUUGUUGUUUAGGAUUAUUCACGUUCACAGUCGAAGAAAUUGAAAUAUCAACUACACCAAUUGGGCAGGAAAUAACUUUGCCGAUAGCUGAAAAGUCAAAAACGU